ACUGCCUGACGCCAAGGGUUGGGGUGUGCAGGGCAGAAGUAAAACUUGCUUUAAACUUACAUACUGAGAACAUUCUUCUUUUUUUUCCCACUUUUAAUAGUUUCUUCUUUAAUAUUUUAUUUAAUAAACUCUUAAAUAUUUGUUUUAAAAAAAGUCAUAUAAUCGCCAAAAGAUGAUUGACCAGGUGACCGAAACGGGGGCUUUGCCCUUUACAGUCCAGCUCAAAUCUCUUCUAGACCAAGAGUCCAGAUAUCAGCCCAAACUCUGUGGACUCCGCGUCAUCGAGUCCGCUCAGGAUAAUGGUCUGCGAAUGACCGUCAAGCUGAGAGACUAUCAAGUGAGAGAGCUUCUCUCCUUGACUCGAUUCUUUGGCUUCUGUGCGGAGACGUUUUCCUUUGCCGUGAAUCUCCUAGAUCGAUUCCUGGCUGUGAUGAAGAUUCAGCCCAAGCAUCUGUCUUGUGUGGGUCUGUGCUGCUUCUACAUCGCUGUGAAGACUUCAGAAGAGGAGAAAAAUGUCCCUCUGGCCAGUGACCUCAUCAGGAUCAGCCAGAAUCGCUUCACUGUUCAUGACAUGAUGAGGAUGGAGAAGAUCAUUCUGGAAAAGCUCAACUGGAAGGUCAAGGCUCCGACUGCUCUUCACUUCCUCAGAUUCUUUCACUCUCAUAUUCAAGAGAAAGUGGACACAGAAAGUAAGAAGAUUCUGAACAUCGAGAGGCUUGAGGCACAGUUAAAGGCAUGCCAUUGCUCAUUUACUUUCACUAAACUAAAGCCUUCCCUGCUUGCUUUGUCUCUUCUGGCCCUGGAGAUUGAGGAUCAGCACGAGUAUGAGCCAGUUCCAUCUCUAAAAGAGGCUCUAGAUGGUCUGCAGCAGAGUUUAAAUGUUAAAGUUGGAGACCUGGUUUGUGUGAGGGAGCUUGUUGCCAAGUGCCUGGUUGAAUAUUCCAGCACCAAGUGCCAGAAGCCAAAUGGCCAGAGACUGCGGUGGAUGAUUUCUGGUAGAACUGCCAGACAACUGAAGCACAGUUACUAUAAGAUCGCCCAUCUACCUACAAUUCCUGAAUAUGCUUGUUAAGACUAUUAGUGUUGAGUGCCCAUAACUGAACAACAUUCAGUCCUAUGGGUGAAUGGCUUGACUGUCAUCACAUUUUCUGCCUUCAGACUAUGGUUUUAUAUAGUUUGUAAAGAUGAUGUUAUGGGUACCUAACUCUAAAUUCCUACUCACUUCCCCAGUCUUUAUAUUUUCACGUUAACACUUUUCCAUAAUUGUAUUCAUUUACAUUGACAUUGAUUCUAUCUUGAUUACUAGUCAAAAGUGGUUUUCAGCAAGUUACUUAUGGCUUCUACUGGUAAGGCUUGCUCAUGUACAGUAUGUUCAUUUGGAUCGGUGCAAAAAGCGCUGGUUGUUUGAAGCAAUGAAGUAUAGAACCGCCUAGGUCCUCAGUCCACUGUGUGGAAGAGGAGGGAGAAGGGUUUUGAGAUUCAAACUACAACAAUAGAACCAAGAGAUCAGGCCCGAAACCCUUAACUCCCACCCUAGGUUGUCGGCUGUCGAAAUGCACACUCCUACCCAAGGUGAUGAAACGAGAUGUUUUCUUUUCUUCUGCUUUCUAAUGUGGAAUGGCUUUGGAAAUGCAGGUUUUAACUUGAUUUAAUAUGCCUUUAAGAGGAAGGAUUAGUUAAGUACUUAUUGACCGGUGUUUUUUUGUUUUGUUUUUGGACAUUUGGUUAAUACUACAGUAUCUAUGACCAUUUGUUUUACGCCUGGUUUCAAUAAAACUAACACAAAACAAAAAAAAAGAGUGACACAAAUAAAACUGUUGAAAUGGAUUGUGUUAUUUGAAAUUGCUCCUUUUUGUUUUGGCUCUAAUCUGGAAUUUGAAAGCAGUUUUCUGCAAAUUGAUGUAGUUGAACCUUUCAAUAAAACUUUAUUGAAAUGUAAAA